AUGAUCCACAACUUCCAAUUCAAGACAAAAAGAUCUGAACCAAGAGAGUACCUGGUAACCUGUGUGGAUGACAAUUGUAACUGGUUACUUAGAGCUUCAAAGUUCAGGAAAACAGAAACAUUUAAAAUCAGAAAGUAUGUAAAAACUCACACCUGCUCCUUGGAUAUCAUUAUGGAAGACCACAGGCAGGCUAAUUGCAAUGUCAUUGGGGAACUAAUAAAAUCAAAAUACAUGUCAAUAAAGAGAGUACACACACCACACGACAUAAUCAACGACAUGCUAGAUGAUUUUGGUGUUUCAAUGGGGUACCAAAAAGCCUGGAGAGCCAAAGAAAAAGCUUUAGAAUUGGCAAGGGGAAACCAAGAUGAUUCAUACCAAAAACUUCCCAUCUACCUUCACAUGCUAAAAGUCUCGAACCCAGGUACAAUUACACACCUGGUUACAGACAAUACAGAUCACUUCAAAUAUAUGUACCUAGCAUUUGCAAAUUCCAUCAAAGGAUGGAAACACUGUAGGCCAGUCAUUGUGAUAGAUGGAACUUACUUGAAGACAUCAUUUGAGGGAACUUUAUUCACUGCUUCAACAAUGGAUGCUAACAACAACAUAUUCCCAUUAGCCUUUGGAAUAGGAGACUCUAAAAAUGAUUCAUCAUGGUUAUGGUUUUUCACAAAGCUAAAGGAGACAUAUGGAGAAAGAGAAGGUAUGGCAAUCAUUUCAGACAGGCAUAAAAGCAUAGAAAAUGCUAUAGACGAUGUAUACCCAAAAGCUUUCCAUGGAGCAUGCAUAUUCCACCUGUUAAACAACAUCAAAGUCAAUUUUGGUGUCCAUGGGGAGGACCUAAACCUAAACUUUGUCAAAGCAGCAAAGGCAUACAGGGUACAAUCAUUUGAGCACUACAUGCAUGAAAUAGACAAGAUUGACACACGCAUAAGACCGUAUUUACAAAAAAUUGGAUAUUCAACUUGGUCUAGAUGCCAUGCUCCAACAAGAAGAUAUACAAUGAUGACAUCAAAUAUAGCUGAAUCAAUAAAUGCUGCAUUGAAAGCUGCAAGAACGCUGCCAAUCACUACAAUGAUGGAGGGCCUUCGAAGUUUAGUUCAAAAAUGGGUAUGGAAAAAUUGUAACGAAGCAAACGGAACAUUCACACAAGUAACAACAGAUACUGAAACUGUGCUUAGAGAAAACUUUAUUCGUGCCAUUAAAUUUCAGGUCUUCCUAGUAAACACUAUACUGUACCAAGUUGUGGUUGAACAGAAAGGAAAUUUUUUGGUCAACCUAAUGGAGAAAACAUGUGAAUGCAAAAGAUUCCAACAAGACGAAAUACCGUGUGCACAUGCAAUAGCAGUUAUCACCAAAACAUGGCUGAAAACAUAUGAUUAUGUUGCUGAUUACUACAAAACUACAACUAUGAAAGCAACAUAUGACUCAACUGUUCAUCCAUUGCCAAAUGAAAGCGAAUGGACACUGCCAGAGACUUUAAACAUAAUUGUCCUACCACCAAAAUCAAGAAAACCACCAGGCCGCCCUAGAAGGAAAAGAAUCAGAUCUAGAGGAGAACCAAAAGUGCAAAUAAAAUGUGGAAGAUGCACGCAGCAAGGGCAUAAUAGAAAAACAUGCAGGAAUGAACCAAUCCCAAAGUUGCGAAACUCAACAAAGUCAAAGAAAAUAGACAAAUAA